UACUUUUAAGGCUCCCGUCGGUCGUCGUCGAGACAGGAGACGAGACGCUCCCCCGACGCUCAGAGACGUUCCCUCCGACGCUCCUCCGACGCUCGUCGGCCGCCUUCAGUAGGGAAGAAGGUCGAGCGGAGUCGACGAGAGGAGACACGUUGAGCUGUGGAAGAUUUCUCGUGAUUUGUCGUGUUUUCGAGUAAACGCAGCGACGGGGCGAAUGGCGGGAUUCGAAGCCGCUUCUUGUUCGAUCAGCAGCGCAAUUUUGCGGGCGUCGGCGUCGGCUGACGAGGGGAAAUAUUUGUGAGGGGCGACGGGAAGAGGGAGCGAGAGGAGAUUCAUUUGCGCGAAUUGAUUUAUUGAUUGAAUGAGUAAGUGAGUGAGUUGCAGAUCGAUCGGUCAGGGCAAGGCAAUCUUGUUGGCCCGCAGGCUCGUGGUCGUUGUGGAGCUGACUGACUUCACUCGCUCGGACGUGUAAAGUCGGAUGUCAGUUGUUGUUGUUUUCGAGCCGGUCGCGGCGUGAUAAUACCAGCUGUUCAUGAGUUUUAUUCCGCCUUCUUCUGCGAGUGAGAUCAUCGAAAGGGAGCCCGUGUUCAUUCGGUUCGAGUUCAGCCUCGCCUUGACCUCGCCUUGACCUGGCUGGAACUGUUUCUCGCUGGUUUCUUGCGGCCAUUGUCUGGCGACUCGGAGCUUUCGAGAAGGCUUAUAUAUCGGCCGGGUAUCGGGCGGAUCGGAAGGAAGACAGUGUGUCGAACUCCACGCGCCUUUGACGUCUCCUUCUCCGAAUUAUAGAUGCAGUAGUCCUACGACCUGCGAGUGGAGAGUGAUUGUUGAUGGAAUCGCUGUAGAGUGCGAUUGGUAGUCUUGCACAGCUCACCUGUUAAGAAAUUGUCGCCACAAAGGGCUCAGCGAACCGCGGCUCGCAGGAUGGGCGGCUGCGGCUGCGGUGUUCAGAAACAAGCUGGACCAGCGAGGAGGGGAUUUUCAGAGCAAUGAAGUAGAAAAAGAUAUCACUGUACGUCGCCUUGACGACUUUCGCACGGGUUCACGUCAACGCAUUUGGUUCGUUCUGCACAUUCUGAAGUGACGAAUGGAGAUCUUUCAACUUCGGAAGUGUUUUGAUUCAGCAAUUUGCACCACCACCUGAUCAUGCUGACAGCUUAUGGAUGUAGAAAGCCAUCUGCAUUUCUGUUCAUUUCUGCUUUCUUGUAUUUUCGAGGAGCCCCGAUAGACUGCAAGUUUUACGGGCACCUUGAUAACGUUACCAAGAGUUAUGCUGUCCGAAGCUGUAGCGUGAGAUAUGACGUAAAGUCCGCCGGAGGAUGCUGAUCACAAGGACUUGUUUUAGCUUUGUCGGGUCAAAUUCCUCUUGCGCGGGACAAAGUGCUCAAUGAUGUCGAGCUGAUACGGACUUAGAUGUACAGCUUAAAAGAGUUGAAUCCUUGUAAUAUAGCACACAUGCCACCUCCAACAUGCUCUUCCUAGUCCGUCUGUGCUACAGCUGCGAACCAGCGACAUUCAUCAUGCUGAAGAUCCCUGUUGAAUCAGAGUUGGGUCGGAUAGUGACGUCGCUUUGAUAAUAAUGCUGGACGCGACGAAGAUGUUCAUCGAUCAGUCAAGUCUAGUCGAGCUUGAUGUGCUACGACCAAGGAAUGAAGAGCACUGAUUGUUUUGAAUGUUAGCCAUGACAGUCAAGAAAGCAUACUGGGAUGCGGUGGGGUUCUGGACAUUGGUCCUAUUCACAACUUCAAGUGCAAUCUUUUACGUCGAUCCUAUUUCAUGCCAGGUGAAUCGUCCGAUGCCGUGCAAACAAGCUGGCAGUAGUUGUCCAGCCUACAUGUCGUAUUCACUACCUCCAGGCAACACAAUUGACGAUGUUUCCAAUCUAUUUCAAGUUGAAGUUUCAGACAUCAUGGAACAAAAAGGUGUUGCAAGUGAUAGAGUUAUGGUUUCCGUGAACUGUACGUGCACUGAAAGCUUUCAGUAUUUAGCCGGCACAGCUUACCGAGUGACCAGCCAAGUUAUGACCGAGCAGUCUAUAGUCAAGGAUCAAUACCAGCACCUUGGCUAUGCGACCGGCCAAAAAACCAGCGUGGGUCAGAUGCUGCCGAUCAGUCUUUUAUGUGGCUGUAUGGAUAAUGCGCCGGCUUCGGUAUAUCUUAUGAGCUAUGUUUUUCAGAAUAGAGACACGUUCGAGGCCUUGAGGGACCGUUACGGUGCGGAUACAAAUACUCUUCUGCGUCUAAACAACUUGACCGAUGUCAGGUCCUUCCCGAGCAUGGUGGUUUUCUACAUUCCUAUCUCUCAAUCUCAAUUGAAGCAGGCCAGCGUUGGAUCACAAUUGACUGAUACAAAUAGUACAGCAGGUGGGAACAUUCCUCUUGGAGCUAUAGUGGGCAUUGUGCUCACUGGCCUACUAUUGGUUGCGGCUGUGGCUGCCCUUGUCUUCUUUUUGCAGAAACGGAGGAUGUGUUGCUAUGCACGGAGUAAACCACCGUUCAAUCAAGACAGAUCUUCUUCAUCCAGCCGUGACACGCUCCAGGACUGGAAAGGUUUCCUUGGCUGCUUCAGGGCGCCGCAAACUCAUCACAUUCGGAAUCCAAAUUCAAACGUGAAACGGCAUAUAUCCUUGUCAAAAGAAAUGAUGAACGGUGUGUUCGGCAUGGAAAAGCCUGUAAUUUUUCCGUACGACGAGAUUCUCAUUGCCACCGACGAGUUCACGGAGAAGAAUCAUCUAGGAGCGGGUGCGUAUGGGUCAGUCUUCCAAGGAAAACUGCGAGGUCAGGACGUUGCAAUCAAACGAAUGAAGGCCACGAAAAGAAAGGAGUUCUUUGCGGAGCUGAAGGUUCUGUGCAAAGUGCAUCAUACGAAUUUGGUGGAGCUCAUUGGUUACUCUGUAAGCGAUGACGAGCUCUUUCUGGUGUACGAAUUUGCGGAAAACCGAGCGGUCAGCGACAGACUUCAUGAUCCACUUUCAAAAGAGUACACUCCGCUCACCUGGAAUGCACGCGUGCAAAUUGCUCUGGAUACUGCUCGAGGACUCGAAUAUAUUCACGAGCACACUAAGGCCCAUUAUGUACAUCGAGAUGUCAAGACAAGCAAUAUCCUUCUCGAUUCUUCUUUCAGAGCAAAGGUGGCAGAUUUCGGUUUGGCUAAGCUAGUUGAGCAGUCUUCAGAUGGUGAGACGACAACAACUGGCGUCGUCGGAACAUCGGGCUACCUUGCCCCAGAGUAUUUACGAGAUGGACAAGCAACCGCAAAGAGUGAUGUUUAUGCUUUUGGAGUUGUGCUAUUUGAGCUCAUCACAGGCGAAGAAGCUUUCUCGAAGAGCAGAACAUCAGGAAACGUGCCCCCAGAUAAACGAUCUCUUAUCUCUAUUAUGCUGAGUGCUCUUGGGGAUUCCUCACCGUAUAAUAUGGCAAAAUUAAAACUCUGCGUCGAUCCUCUUCUACAGGAGAUGUACCCAUUAGACUGCGUUCAUCGGAUGGCGACGCUGGGUCGACAGUGCGUGGAGGAAGAUCCUGCAGUUCGGCCAGACAUGAAGCAAGUCGUGUACACCCUUUCACAGUUGCUGCUGGGGUCAAUAGAGUGGGAAGCUACCCUUGCUGGUAGUAGUCAGGUCUUUAGUGGUCUGGUCAUUGGCAGGUAGAAUAGACAACAUCUAACAAACUCCGUAGAAACUAUACCAGCGCCCUCUCCAUCAUGAUAGGAAAACAAAGACCUCCUUCCUCCUGUUUUCAUUCUCCUGUACAGUAAAUUCGAUCCAUGUGGGAUUGUAACAUACGACAUUGAGUCCAGUUCUAAAAACUCACUCAAAGCUGGAGAAUACGUUUCGCCAGUCUUGUAUAUGGCAGUCAGUGGGUCCGGUUUGACGAAACAAGAAAAUGAGGUCACCACUUAACCUACAUUUAUUCUGAGUAUCAAGGCAUCUCCAAGAUGAAGCUUCAGUCAUGGACGACGAUAGGGCACUGUAGAUUCUAUAUGCUAAAAUUUUGUCCUCGUGGCGUGGCCUACCCUCAAUCAAGUCAACUAAAGGUAAAAAGCUGUCAUCGUCAUCAUUUCCUUUCUGUAGCUGCGUCGGAUUGUGUAUUGCCAAUAGUUGAGGAAAGUUUCUUCACCUUUUGAUGGAAUAGUAAAGCACAAAUCUAGACAUGUUCGGCAUUGAAGCCCCACCCAGCACAAAGGCGAAGGUCUAAAACUUAGACGUGGUACAUGUCGGUAUUCUGGCGCUAUAUCCGUGGACUUAUUUGUCCCAUUUGUUCAACAUUUUCUAUCAUUAAUUUGAAUGCCAGUUAACAG